AGCUCAAUAAUUGUAAACGUAUGGUUAGGUAACUAGUUGUAAGUCACGAUAGUUUUAGUACAUAACGAAUGCAACCGUGUGAAUACGAAUAAAUACACUCUGGCGGCACUUCAAAUAGUAACUGCUACCAUUACUGAGAAAACAUCCAACGAACGAAGACUUGUUUCUUAUAACGUCAGGUGUGGUUAAUACCAAAAUUAAAAACUUCAAGUUUAAUUAAACAAAAGUGUUAAAACAACAACAAAAAAUAAGAAUAAUAUAAAAUGAGUGGUCAACAAGGCAAGCAGAGUCUGGUUACAGCAUUAAAGGCUCUCAAAAUUGAUUUUCCGCCGACGGCCACGGUUGCGCAGUUGAAGCGUCUGUACAAAGACUGCCGAGGCGAAGAUGAGCCUUGGGAGAUUGACGCAGGCGAUGAGUGUCCGACCAAAACUUGUGGCGCUGAUCAGUCUAGACAAUUUAAGUUGGUGGACGGCGACUUUGGUGCAUUCCCGGGGGAAAACGUCGAUGGAAAACGGGGUACCGUCUACGUCGUCGACGCUGCCGACGCUCAAGGAGCCAUUUUAACUUUAGAUGACGCCACUUACAGCGUUUAUGACGUAGCGACUAUGCAAGGUGCCGUAAACGGUAAUGCCGCCGUUGAAAUAAUUGACGCUAUCGAUAAUGCCGCUACUGCCGUUGACGAUUCUGCCGCUACCGAUGCUGCCGCUGUUACCGAUGAAGCCGGUGCCGCUGUGGCAAGCUCUGCUGCUGCCGCGAUUAUUAGAAAUUCUGCUGACUCCGAAGACGUCGCCGCGAAUAGGCCAGCCGCCAUUUUAAAUCGUCGUGCCGUUACCAGUCAUAUUAAUACCAACGCCCCUAACAUUAUUUCCGAGCUAAAUGAAUCUUCAACUACUGCUCUUGAUGAGGAAAUUAAAAAAUUGAGACAGCAGAAGGAAAUAUUAGAAUUGAAGCGUCAAAUCAAGGAGCUCGAAAAUGUUUCUGCAUCGGGUCCCGCCCAUGUACCUGGACGACGCGUGAACUUCAGCGACAUUGAAUAUGCCGUUCCGAAAUUUAGUGGUGACGAGGUGGCGCACUCCGUUACCGACUUUUUACGAGAAUUUUCCGAAGUGAUGGCAAGCAUUAAUGCCGAUGAACAGUUUUUGUUUUUAAGCUUGCGCCGUUCGCUUACGGGUACAGCCCGCCAGUUCCUCAAGACUGCUAAUGUCUUUACGUUUGAAGCGCUGAGAGAAGCUCUGAUCAAUGAGUUUGGCACGGUCGUCUCGCGCCGAGAUGUUUAUAGGAUGCUGGCCCGACGCUAUUGGAAGAAGGAAGAAGAGUCCCUGCAUUGCUACAUUCUGGUUAUGCAGUCAAUCGCAAAGCGCUCAGAUAUUGGCGAACUGGAGGUUAUCGACUUUAUAAUCGAAGGUAUAGGUAAUAAGGUCAACAACAUCAACCUGCUAGUUGGAGCUCGUUCUGUGGAGGAGCUAAAGAAGUUGGUGAACAGGUACCAACAGAAAUAUUUGACCCAGAAUGCCGCUGCCGAUCUACGAAAAACAAAACAAUCGCUUGCUGUUGCCGACAAUGCCGCUAAAACAACUACGGAUACGAGUGCCGAUAACCCUUUAUGCUACAAUUGCUCGCAAAGGGGUCACAUUAAGCCCAAUUGUCCGCACCCGCUGCGGGUUAGAGGUUCAUGUUUUCGAUGUUGGCAAAUGGGCCACAGCCAUAGGGAGUGCAACAAUCCGAAGAAAAAUUUGAAGGCCGUUCCUGGAAAACAAGUUGCCGCUGUUGAGGAGGAUCCGAGAGUUUUAGAUUCGCUUAAUUUAUCCGGCUAGUUUCAUCAAACAGUCUUGCGUGCCUAUUAAUGUUACGGAAGUUUCGAGUUUGGGGAAAAGAAGCUACAGAGGUGUUGGUGGA